AUGGGCCCCAGGGUAAUUGAGUGCGGUAAAUGGGCCAAGGAACCCGGACAAAAAUUGUGUUUGGCACAUCGACGGGACUCGAUGAAGAGGGAUAUUGAACAGCCUCUGACUCCGAGGAGAGAGAGUUCUUGUUCGGCAUUUCCCUUUGAUCAGCUACAACAACGACAGGAAUUCAGCAACAGAAUCGCCGAUGUAAGUUUCAUUUUUUGAAGGCCUCAAAAGUAUGUUCUAUUGUGACGAAAACGGAAUCGGGCCACCAAAGGACGAUCGAGUAUUUGUAACAAAUUCCCUGGCGCUAGAACUCGGCGUUUACUACGUUGCAACGACUAUUACUAAUGCGUUAACAAAUAUUUAUGCUGUUUGAUUUUCAUUUAAUUAAAACUGUAUUUUAGGUACUCAUAAACACAAAAUGCGAUCGUCGGGCUAAAUUCACAAUGAGUUUGACCUUGGGGUUAUUAGCUGCCAUUAUGCAAAUUCCUCCCAUAUUCUUGCAUUGGGUUACAAUCAGAGAGCCGAAACCAAUCAACCAGACCAACGAGAAGGGAGAACAGCUCGUAAGUUCAUCCACUUGAGCUCUCAUCUGACCUUUUUUGACUUUUACUCUGUUAUUUUUUCGGUCCGUAAAUAUGAUAAGUAGUCUCGAAAUGGGCAGCGGUCAUUCUAAAUCUUAUUUGAAUAUCUUAGGAAGUCCCGUUCUUCUUCGAAGUCGGCUAUUUCGCGAUGUGUAGAUAUCCGGCGUCCAACCUGAGUGAACUGAAUGUGGACGAGAGCAGGAUUGUGGCCGACUAUCCAGAAAUCUGUGUCGUUAAUCCAUACUUUACUGGAGAUGAUUUGAGUGACUUCAGUUUUGCCAGUAAUGUUGUUAACGGCAAGUUUUAUUCUAUUGAAGCAUUACGAUUAGAAGAAAUGUUUUUAAAUAUUCUUAAUCGAAAUUAUAAUACAGAAUUUUCAAAACAAUAAAAUAUUCAAUUUAUGGCUUAAUCCCCAUUACCAUUGAAAUACAUUGUAUAUUAGGGUGUCCCAUAAGUCUUGUGUAUUUUGGGGUCGUUGACUUGUGCGAAUUCCUGUGAGCUUUGUAACGAGUUACGAGAAAUGUUUGACAUACAGUUUUGAAGAUCAGAAAUUGCGCUUUUAAACCGUAUAUAGCAAGGCUGCAGGAAAUUCACCUGCUACCCGCACUACCCCAAUAUUGUACUAGACAUCAAAAAAAUUUUGCUUGCUGAUGUUGAAAUGGGUAUACAGUUUUUUUUUUAAUUUCUAUGCUGCUUAUAAAUGUAAGAGAUGGCGGUUUCAAGAGUACCAAACAUUAAGGGGUACAUUCGUUUAGGCCUUCGCAACGAGACUUUAAUUCUCACAAGGAAAGUACUUUUAUGGGGGCUCCUACUUUUUGACGGGAUAUACCUCAAAAAAUCAGAAAAAAUGUGCUGAUCAAGAAUAUAUAAAUCUUAGCUGCCCAUUUUAGGUUUUUAGCGGUGAAAAAUCCAUCGCAAGUUGAUUUAAAGUCCUAUAUAAACCCCUUUUCGCUUAAUUUUUCACAGGUUUACAAUUUUUAUUUUGGCUUAAAAUGAUGUUUAUUGUGUUUCUAAGACGUAAUAAAUUAGUCUUGGCACAAAAAUUUAUUUUUCCGACCUUCAGCUUCAAAAAAAGUUGAUUCAGCCCAAAAGGGAAAUCGAACCCGUGCGGCGUUCCCCUUCUUGAUUCCCAGACUACGGCACUAACCACUCGGCCACACCGCUCUCUUCCGAAGGGAGAGACCGACUGCGCUUUUUAUCGUUUCGGAUUCCUGUGCCUUUUGUAGGGAAAUUAGACCAGUUUUUGGGCAUUUUCGCCCCUAAAAACCCAAAAUGGGCAGCUAAGAUUUAUAUAUCCUUGAUCAGCACAUUUUUUCUGAUUUUUUGAGAUAUGUCCCGUCGAAAAGUAGGAGCCCCCAUAAAAGUACUUUCCUUGUCAGACCCAAAAAUACACAAGACUUAUGGGACACCCUAAUAGCUUACGCAACUUCUAUGUAGAAAUCGUCAUGAGCAAAGAAAACUUUUGAGUAUAAUAUAUAUGUAAAAACGAUUUUCAGGCCGUCUAGCCAUCCCGGGCCUCCUCCAUCUUCCUGGAGUUGUUCUCUGCUCUCUGGCCGUAAUAUUCUCCAUAUGGGGAGAAGUCCGUGUCAGUAAUCGAACCCUACAUGCAGCCGUUUUAUAUGUCCUGGGAGGUAAGAUAAGUGAUCUUAGCCAUUCUCUUACAGGCCUUUGUUUGUUCGGAGCGCUCCUUCAGGUAAUUGCGGCGGUCGACGAUGAAAUGACGCCUCGGAUGAAGCCGAACGCCGCGGGGGAUCCCUCGCAUUUCACUUACACAUAUAGUAAGUUUUUUAUGAAUCGAAAAUGUUUUAUGGACUGUGAAAUUUUGGAACGGGUUUCCGAUUCCAAAUUUUACUUUACAAAUAAACUUUGCAAUCUUGAAUUGUAGGUAAAAGUUUCUUAUCAGCAUCUCUGAGUUUCCUGCCCCUCCAAAUCUGCGUUUAUCUACAAACAGCGUCAUUCUUCAGCAGAUUCCCGCAGCCCUUGGAUAAAGCGGGGAUUGUCCCCGGGUUGAGGGAGAUGAGUAAGUAUUCAAUUAAUGUCUCCUUCAUGUCUCCCUAAUCCACAUUAAUCUUCACCGUGAUGUCUUUAAUUAGCUUCUGUUUAUAAGACAAAAAAGGGAGAUACCUCCAAGUCAUCUUCUUUAUAUAAAUAAUUACGUCAUCCAUAUUAAAGAUGAGGAAAUAAGUUUUAUUUUAGUAAAUGAGGUCAUAGACAGAACCAGGAAAGGAGGGCCGGUGCACAGUAACAGUGGAGCCCCCUUAAGUGCCAAUUCUCAUCGUCGAGAAUCUCGAUGUUCGCUUGGAUACAGCGGUCCGGCAUUUGGAGCGAUUCAACAAGAGGUCCCCCGAUUGGCCCCUCCUCUGACAGAGAAUGUUCAUCGAGGCUCCAUUCAAGUUUACAUAUAA